AUGCCGCCCAUGCAGGCUUCGCGGUGCAACGGCAGCGGCUGCGACUAUGGCAACGGUCUCGUCAGUCCGACGAACCCGCUCACCUACGACGGCCGUCUUCUGUCGCCCCUUUCGACACUGAAGGCGCCCUGGGACGCGGACUGGGUGGACGAGUGUGGCGUCUCUCAGACGGGGGAGGCGGCUCGUGCUGUUCCUGCCGCUGCCCAAACCGUUGGCAGCCCAGAGACAAUGCAAUGGACACAAGACAGUUUCUCCGUCGCCACCUCCGUCGUUUCCUCGCCCACAUCCAGUAUCGAGAUCACCGGCACCGACAAUAUGCAAACGACAAGGUCAACGACUCGCCGUACAUCCCGCUUCCACUCGUACUCGCAUCCGCGCAAGCGUGCCGGUGCUCGGACUGGGUCUGGAUCUGAGUCUGAGUCUGGGUCUGGUUUUGCAUGA